CCAAGAAAUGUGGCCCCUGGCACACUAACAGGCUCCUGGAGGAACCCACUUAUGGAAGUGAAGCGAAGCCAAUUCCAUUUCUUACCAAAGAGUCUCGUUCCCAGGCCCCGUGAGAACGCACGCAGUGGGUGGGUCUGGGACGGCAUUAAGUGGGUGGUGACCAGCGCAUUGCGUCACAGCCUAAGCCCUGCCCCAUUCGGCGCCUUCUAAAUGCGUUCUUCCGCCUUCUCGCUCCUUUCUUCUUCACUCCGCCAUCGUGAUUCGUGGCCUGGAGUCUUCCUCGCCAUGUCUUCUCACAAGACCUUCAGAAUCAAGAGAUUCCUGGCCAAAAAACAAAAACAAAAUCGUCCCAUUCCCCAAUGGAUUCGAAUGAAAACCGGCAAUAAGAUCAGGUAUAACUCCAAGAGGAGACACUGGAGAAGAACCAAGCUGGGUCUGUGAGGAACUGUGCUAAAACAAAUGGAACACAUAUUUUGUGCUGUAUCAACAUCACUAUCUCCUUGACUGUAUCAAGCUAAGGAUGCCACCAUCGUAUGGACAGCUGGACAUGUUUGAUUGAGACCCCUUAGUAGUGGGUUGGUUCAGUAAUAAAUAUGUGAGACAUUUUUAA